AUGAAGAUCUCUUAUUAUUUCCUUUAUUUUUUAUGCUAUGUGACCUUCACUCUACCAGCCAAAUCUUCCUUGGUGGAUCCGGAUCAAUGUUCAAAAUAUAUGGGUUACUGUAAGAGAAGAUGUGCUGAAAAUGAAAAAAGGAUUGAUAUAUGUCUAUCGCCAAGUAAAAUCUGCUGUGUUGAGAGGAUGGUGGAUGAUAAUAUAUUUUGA